GGCGGAGCUUAGGAAGUGAAAGCAUUUUCCUGCUGUGUGGAGGGACGAAUGUCUGCGUGUGUUUGUGUUUCUACACUAACUGAUGAACAUGAGCUGUUCAGAGGAAGAGGAGACCUUCAGGCCGGAGGAGGGGAAGCCCUCUGCUGGGGGGUCUGAAGCCUUCAGGCCUGAUCCUGGAUCCUCGGUGUCAAAAGGUCAGACGCUCCCGGAGAGAGUCUCGUCUGCAGCGUCCAGCUGUGGAUCCAUGAAGAGCGACAGAUCCAAAGGUCAACCUGAAAACUUCCGUUCUGGACCUGGAUGUUCAGACCCAAGAGGCCAGAUGCUCCCAUCUGUGGCGUCCAGCUGUGGAUCCAUGAAGAGCGACAGAUCCAAAGGUCAACCGGAAAACUUCCGUUCUGGAUCUUCAGACCCAAAAGCUCCGCCCCUCACUCAGGGAGGCCGCCCUGCAACAGUCAUCUGUGAGUCCCUGAAAAGUAACAAAUCCAGAGAAUACAUCAUCAACUUCCCACAUGAUCCUGGGUCCUUAAAGUCCAGAAAGAGGACGAGGAGAGAUGUUUCUGAGGAGGAGCCGUCUUCCUUCUGCGUUUUAUGCCAGGACGUCCUGAAGGAUCCGGUCUCCACCUCCUGUGGACACUGGUUCUGUAGAGGGUGCAUCACUUCUCACUGGGACCAGUCUGCUGGAUCCGGAGUCCGGUCCUGUCCUCACUGUGGUUCCAUGAAGAUCGACAGAUCCAAAGGUCUACCUGAAAACUUCCUUUCUGGACCAGGAUCUUCAGACCCAAAAGCUCCGCCCCAAUCCCAAAGAUGCCAAUCCAUGAAAGGCUCCAUCAAGUUCCCACAUGAUCCUGGGUUCUUAAAGUCCAGAAAGAGGACGAGGAGAGAUGUUACUGAGGAGGAGCCGUCUUCCUUCUGCAUUUUAUGCCAGGACGUCCUGAAGGAUCCGGUCUCCACCUCCUGUGGACACUGGUUCUGUAGAGGGUGCAUCACUUCUCACUGGGACCAGUCUGCCGGAUCCGGAGUCCGGUCCUGUCCUCUCUGUGGUUCCACAUUCAUAACCGAUGUCGGUCUGCAGGAGCUCUUAGAUGAACAUCGGAUCAGUUUGAAGGGAAGAUAUGAACAUACAACUGAAGAAUCCGGAAAAGAAAUGCUUCUAAACCGGAUCUACACGGAGCUCUACAUCACAGAGGGACUGAGAGAAGACGUUCAGACCCAACAUGAGGCGAGGCAGAUGGAGACCUCCUCCAAGACCAACAGGCUUCAUGAUGCUCCAAUCAGGAACCAGGACAUCCUGAAACCUUUACCUGACCAACAUGGACCCAUCAGAGUGGUUCUGACCAGCGGCGUCGCUGGAGCUGGAAAAAGCUUCUCGGUGCAGAAGUUCACUCUGGACUGGGCCGAGGGCUCGGAGAACCAAGACAUCAGUGCUGUGGUUCCUCUUUCCUUCAGGGAGCUGAACCUGAUCAGAGAUGAGCAGCACAGUCUUCUCACUCUGAUCCAGCGGUUCCAUCCAACGUUCCAGAAGAUCCCAGCAGAGCAGCUGUCUGUCUGUAAACUUCUGUUCAUCUUUGAUGGUCUGGAUGAAAGCAGACUUUCUCUGGACUUCAGCAACAGUCAGGUGGUGUCUGAUGUCACCCAGAAGUCCUCCAUCAAUCUGCUGCUGAUAAACCUCAUCCAGGGACGUCUGCUUCCCUCAGCUCUGGUCUGGAUCACUUCCAGACCUGCAGCAGCCAAUCAGAUCCCUCCUUCAUGUGUGGACAGACUGACAGAAGUACGAGGCUUCAAUGAUGCUCAGAAGGAGGAGUACUUCAGGAGGAGAUUCCCAGAUGAAGAGCUGUCCAGCAGAAUCUUCUCCCACAUCAAGAGCUCCAUGUCCCUCUACAUCAUGUGUGAAGUUCCAGUCUUCUGUUACAUCACUGCUGUGGUUCUGGAGAACAUGCUGACCACAGAGCAGAGAGGAGAGCUGCCCACCACCCUGACUGACAUGUACUCACACUUCGUGAUGGUCCAGACAAAGAGGAAGAAGAAGUACAAGCAGGAACAUGAGAAGACCCCACAGGAGCUGGCAGAGGCUGAUAGGGAAGUCCUUCUGAAGCUGGGAGACCUGGCAUUUGAACAUCUGGAGAAAGGAAACAUCAUGUUCUACCAAGAAGACCUGCAGCAGUGUGGUCUGGAUGUCACCGAGGCCUCAGUGUACUCUGGAGUUUGUACUGAGAUCUUCAGAAGAGAGUGUGAGAUCUUCCAGAAACCGGUCUACAGCUUUGUUCAUCUGAGCGUUCAGGAGUUUCUGGCUGCAGUCUACAUGUUCCACUGUUACACCAACAAGAACACAGAGGUGAUGGAGGACUUCCUGGAAGAUCAAAGAAACAUCUCAUCUCUGGAUGAGUUUCUGAGAAAAGUCAUGGAGAUGUCCCUGCAGAGCAAAGCUGGACAUCUGGACCUUUGUGUUCGCUUCCUCCAUGGCCUCUCUGUGGAGUCUAACCAGCGGCUCUUAGGAGGCCUGCUGGGUCAGACGGAGAACAGUCCAGAAACCAUCCAGAGAAUCAUCAACAACCUGAAGAUGGUACAAAAGGAUGAUGAACUACCAGAGACCGAGUCACUGCCAUGGCAGAUGAUGAGUGGAGACAAAAUCUCUCCUGACAGAAGAAUCAACAUCUUCCACUGUCUGAUGGAGAUGAAGGAGCUCUCAGUUGAUCAAGACAUCCAGGAGUUCAUGAAGUCAGAGAACAAAUCAGAGAAGAGACUGUCUGAGAUCCACUGCUCAGGUCUGGCCUACAAGCUGCAGAUAUCAGAAGAGGUUCUGGAGGAGCUGGACCUGGACACAUACAACACGACAAACGAGGGUCGACGGAGGCUGAUCCCAGCUGUGAGGAACUGCAAGAAGUUCAGACUCACCAACUGUGGACUCUCAGAAACGGACUGUGGAGUCGUGGCUUUAGCCCUGAAGUCCAACCCAUCCCACCUGACAGAACUGGACCUGAGCAAGAACCAGCUGAAGCCUUCAGCAGUGGAGCUUCUGUGUGCUGGACUGCAGAGUCCAAACUGCCGACUGCAGAUUCUCAGGUUGGUGCGCUGCAGUCUGCUGAAGAACAGCUGUGCUGCUCUGAUCUCGGCUCUGAAGUCCAACCCGUCCCAUCUGAUAGAACUGGACGUGAGCAACUGCGACCUGCACGAUUCAGGACUGAUUCUCUUGAGCAGUUUUGUGGAGAGUCCUCAGUGCAGACUGCAGAUUCUAAGGUUGGAACGCAGCACUUUGUCCGAUGUCGGUUUUAUUGCUCUGGGAUCAGCUCUACAGAACAACCCGUCCCAUCUGACAGAACUGGACCUGAGCAUGAACAAAAACCUGCAGGAUCCUGGACUGAUUCAUCUGUGUGACUUCCUGAAAGACCCCCGCUGCCACCUGCAGGUUCUCAGGUUAAGGGGCUGCGAUUUCACAGCCAUCAGCUGUAAAGCUCUGGCCUCAGCUCUGAAGUCCAACCCGUCCCACCUGGCACAGCUGGACCUGAGAGACAACUACUUGGAGGAUUCUGAUGUUCAGCAGCUCCAGGAUCUGCUGGAGAGUCCAGACUUCCAGCUGCAGACUCUGAGCACGGAGUCAUGGUGACAGCCUGAUCCCUUCUCCUGAUGGAGGAGCUGCUGGUCUGCUGAGGAGUUCCUGGGAGGAAGAGACGACCGUGACACUGGAGCUCCACGCGGUGGACAGAUGGAGAACUGCAGCUGAUCUUCUGAUGUUGACGUCAGGAAGCAGAAUUCUCUCUUGCAGCUACUGAUAAAAAAAAAAAAAUGUUAACUUUAUUUUGUUUUAUUGAGUAUUUAAAAGAGAUUAUUUUCUUGUUAUGGGUGCAGGUAUUUGGAUGUGUGUGUUUACAUGUGUUGUAUGGCAACCAAAAAGGACAAUUUUACACCAGGAAACACAACAGAGAAACUGCAUGACUUCUAAUGAGAAUGCAGGAGUUUUUUUACAUAUUUAAAAGGGGAGUGCAAAAUAUAUCACUUAUUUUAUUUUUGUAUUUAAUGGAACGCCUUAAUGAGAUGAUGUUCUAUGAUGUGUCAUGAAGUGAGAUAAAUUUUAUUUGAAUUAAUGCCAAAGCUCAGGACAGACAGCGUUUGUUAUCCAGUUCAGUGUUUAAAUCCAGCUGAGGAGCACUACCAUUUAGUCAAGUCCAUCUUCUUCUUGUGGUGACUUCUGUUGAAUGUGUUUGUUUACUUAAUGUUUUACAAAUAUUACAUUUUCAUAACAUCAUUAAAUCAUUUGAGUAUCGUGA